AUCAACAUGGCGACAGCCGCGGUGGGGCGUGUGGGCUGGAUCGACGGAGGCGUGCCGUGAUAAACACAGGCAGGAGGACGCAGCCGACGAUAAAAAAUCCCUACUCUCGGUGUUCGCCGCUUGAUCCCUACGGGCGGCCGUCGCCUCGUACCCCGACCGAGAUGCCGACCCGAAUCAUCCACAAGACGCUGGACGAGUGCCUGGCGCCGCGCCAGACCAUGGAGCACGGCCUCUUCCUGACCAGGAAGAUCAUCGGCAGCCAGCAGCUGAGCACGUGCGACCCGUUCAUCCUGGCCGACCACGUGGGGCCGAUCCAGUACGGCGCGGGCGAAGCGCUGGGCGUGCCGGACCACCCGCACCGCGGCCUGGUGGUCGUCACGUACGUGGUGGAGGGCGGCAUGCGCCACCAGGACUCGCUCGGUCACAACGAUGAGCUGCUGGCAGGCAGCGUGCAGUGGCUGAGCACAGGUCGCGGCCUGGUUCACCGCGAGCUCCCCAACGACCAUCUGCUGGCCAACGGCGGCACCUGGGAGGGCUUCCAGCUCUGGGUCAACCUGCCGGCCAAGGACAAGAUGAUGUGCCCCGAAAUGCAGGAGUGCCGGCCCGAAGACGUGCCCGAGUACAGGGACGCGCAGGAUCGCUUCUCCGUGAAAGUUCUCGUCGGCCAGUACAAAGAGAUGCGGUCGCCGAUCCGGACGCACACGCCGGUCACGCUGCUGGACGUGCGGGUGUCGGCGGGCGGCGCCUUCGGCCUCGAGCUACCGGCCGGCCACACGUGCUGGCUGUACGUGUGGCGCGGCGCCGGCCUGCUCGGCCACGUGGAGCAGCGGCCCGUGCGCGCCGGCCACGUGGCGCGACUCAGCGACGAGGGUCACGCCUUUCGUGCCGAGGCUGGCAGAGAGGAAGACAUGAGGCUACUCAUCGGUUCCGGGGUACCUCUCAAGGAGUCGGUCUUCAAGUUUGGCACCUUUGUAAUGAGCUCCGUCUCCGAGAUUGAACAGGCGCUCGAGGACUACCGGAGCGGCAGGCUGGGCCAGAUCACGGUCGGCGAGGGUCGGCCCGGCGCGCUGCCGCCGGCCGCGCGCGGCCUCGACCUGCUGAACCCGUUCCAGGGCGAAAUAGAGCGCCUGGGAGGCCCGGACGGCGCGGCCGAGGGCGCCGCCGCCGCCGCCGACCCAGCCGUCGCGCACCUCACCAACGGCCACCGUCACUGACCGGCCCCCGUCUGCUCGCGCGCCGUGAGCCUGCGGACCUGAAGCGGGGUAUGCCAGGACGGCAUAAACCAGCGCCAGCGCCGGCUCAGCGCUACCUAAUGACGUCAUCACCGCAGGGCUGCCCCGAAGAUGCGUGACGUCUGUCGACUAUCCACUGCUGCUGUCCGCUACCCGCCCUGUGGGACCGCCGCUGGGAGCUGGAAUGUGCGCAGCCCAUCCGGUCUGUGACGAAAAGGCGCUGAAAGACCAGCUCGCGUAAUGAGGCGAGAGGACCGCACGUGCGCUCGAACUCAUGCGUGAGGAUCCAACGAUGGGUGGAAUCGCCUGAGUGCAGGCUUAGUCAUAUAUGAUAUGGAGACAGGUUGCGGUUUGGGGAGGCGCCACACCAUUUACGCUUGUCGGCGACCAGACGGCGAACGGCGUUCGUAAGAUUGUUAAGCAUUAGCAAAGAGGGAUUCUACGCAUUCGCACGCACGUGUGUUUGAGAGUGUUGUUGCAGUCUGCGUUGGAUUGCCUGUUCGGGUUGCUCCAGUCAACUUAUUGUGCAUUGUGGAAAUUGGCCUGCUCCAUGUAUCAGCACUUUUUCACCUGUCGUUAUGGUCUAGUCAUGAAUGCAAGACAACGUUGCUUGGAUUUAGUAAAAAAUAAAGACUGUAUAGAAAAGAA